GGUCUGUAGCGAGAACGGGAACUCUAGACCGGGAAGUGGGGCAUCUAAAUCAAAUCUAGCUAGCUUACUUUUCAAGUGUACCUAAGCUUCCUGCUGACUAUUGUAUGAGGCCAAGAUGCAAAGUCAGGAUCCAUGCGAAAAUGGCCCCCCUCUUCUUCUUCCCUCUAUGCGUCUCUUCAUUCCACCACUGCGGCUUGUCUCUGCAGCUAUGUGGCAAGUAGUUCAGCGAGGAGAUGUUCAAGAUUAUGGGAUGCUGGAGGAGUUUGUCACCACGGUGACAGAGAUUGUGCCAGAACUUUUGAGUUGCAGUCAGAGGGCCCAACUCAUCCUGGGGCUUAGAGCAAGGCUGGUUCUGGAGUUGUGUCGCACUGAGCAGACAUUAGACCUCCAGAAUAUUCAGCAACACCUGGACAGGAUCCGAUCCCUCACAUUCACUGGGGAAGCAGAGUCAGGUGAUGCAGAGGUGGAAUUAUCUGAAUCAAACUUUGUGGAGCUGGUUGAAUCUCUGCUGAAAGACCCAAGUGAAAGGGAGAACUUCUACCAGGAUGUGUUCCCUGUGGAAUUCGGGCCCAACUAUGACACUGCAAUACAGAUGCUGAUGUUGGAAUUCCUUUCCAGACUUGAGAAGUUACUUCCCAUACCAGACCUUGAACAGACUGCCACCUUGUUAAAUGCUGUCCCCUCUGCCCUGGAGAAAUGUGUACAGUUUGUACCUGACCCCAUACAAUUGAGAACCUUGCUCCAGUACCACAGAAAACGUGGACAUUUGGACUCCAUCCGUGAGUAUCAUACAGUGUUAUAG